AUGGCGACAUCGGCGAGUCACGUCGCAGCUGCCGCACGCGUCAUCUUUAUUUACGGUGUGAAUCAUCACUCCACUUACUUGGUGGCGCUCAGCCGCGGUUUGGCCUAUUGUUCUACAAAGAUAUCAACGCACGACAUGGAAGGAGUGUACUUCUGGCGAGAGUCGGACCCCGAGCUGGGCUGGCUGUCGCAGUGGUAUUACUGCCCGUUUCGGGAUGACGAGAAUCCUGAAAGAAUCUACCCAACAGCAGAGCAUUACAUGAUGUACCAAAAAGCGAUCCUAUUUGACGACAAUGAGGUAGGCGAAGAGAUUCUCGCGGCGGGCCACCCCCGAGAGGUCAAGGCACUGGGCCGUAAAGUCAGAGGCUUCAGUGAGAAGAAGUGGGUAUACAACAGGGAGAAAAUUGUGCACAAGGGCAACAUAUUAAAAUUCACAACCGCCGUGACAGAGGAAGGUUUCGGCAAGGGCACUACGCAAGACUGCGCCCCGAUCGAGGGCUCGCUCAAAGAGAUGUUACUCGCGACAGGAACCAGGGAGCUAGUCGAGGCAAGCCCGCAGGAUCGCAUCUGGGGAGUCGGAUACGGUUCGAAGAAUGCACCGGUCAACCGUACGAAAUGGGGCAAGAAUCUGCUGGGCAAGGCGCUGAUGGAGGUAAGGGAUGUGUUGCGACAGUCAUGA